AUGGAUCGCUGGACAGGAAAAGUGGCUGUUGUGACUGGCGCAAGCUCCGGAAUCGGUGCUGCAACGGCCAAGGCUCUGGCUAAUGCAGGAAUGGUUGUCAUUGGUCUAGCCCGCCGGGUGGAACGGGUUGAAGCUCUGAAGAAAGACUUGCCUCCAUCAGUACAAGAAUCAUUUCAUGCCGCUAAAUGUGAUGUUUCUAAGGAGGAAGAUAUAUUGAAGACGUUCAGAUGGAUUGAGCAGAAAUUCGGAGGCGUUGAUGUUUUGAUCAACAAUGCUGGUAUUCUACGGGAAACUAGUUUGACCCAAGCGGACACUCAAAAAAUUCGUGAAGUACUGGAUACUAAUGUGAUGGGAUUGGUAUUAUGCAGUCGUGAGGCUUUCCAAUCGAUGAAAAAACGCUCAGUGGAUGGCCACAUCGUACACAUUAACAGUAUUGCCGGACAUCAAGUGCCAAACUUUCCUGGUAUAAAUAUUUAUCCGGCGUCGAAGCAUGCCGUCACGGCUAUUACGGAAACUAUGCGACAUGAGCUGAGAACUGAAGGGACGAAGAUUAAAGUAACGAGCAUAAGCCCAGGCGCGGUUAGAACUGAAAUCUUACCUGAAAUAAUGCUAACAUCGGAAGUUCCUCUGCUCAAAUCCGAAGAUAUUGCGGAAGCCGUACUAUAUGCUGUUGGAACCCCACCGCAUGUGCAAGUUCACGAACUGACUAUUAAACCAGUGGGAGAGUCAUUUUAG